AUGAAUAAUCAAACAUAUAACACUUCGUUAGCAUCGGAAGAAAUAUCAUCCAGAAUCAGCUUAAUGCAACGCAUUAUUACCAUGUCAUUAUUAAUUGCAUUUGCUAUACCAUCCUUAAUCUGUUUUCUCGUUAUCUUUUAUUAUUUUAUUCGAUUGCGUAAAACAUUGCUUUUUGAUCGUAUCAAUCAUCACGUUAUUUUAUGCGUAUUGAUCAGUGAUUUCUUAUUGGUUACAACUGAACUACCAUUUUCGUUGAACUAUCUUUCACUCGGAUACGUGCAGUCAACAAAAAUGUGUCUAUUUUGGGCUUUUUGGGAUUAUUAUCUUGAAGCGACCACAUUAUUCCUAACAAUGUAUGCAGCAAUUGAACGUUACUUUUUAAUAUUUCACAAAGAGUGCAUUAUGAAAAAUAAAUUAUUUUUUCACUAUAUUCCAUUAGGAUUCGUUUGCUUUUAUACUUUCGGUACUAAAGUUUAUUUUGUUCCACUGUUUCCAUGUAAACAAAAUUAUUCGUACGACUUAGCUGCGUUCGUUUGCGGAGGACCAUGUUAUUUAGAUGCUGUUAUUCAAGGUUUAUAUGACACCAUUGUUGAUGUUAUGUUGCCAACUUGUGUUCUUUUGAUUUUCAAUCUAUUGAUGAUUAGUCGUGUGAUUAACUACAAACACAGAGUGUCACCGUCGACACAAGUAUCGAAUAAAUUGAAAAAAAGUCGACGAAUGAUUUUACAAUUAUUAGCCAUAAGUUUAAUGACUUUAAUAACUUGGAUGCCUUGGAUUUUUAUAAUUUUAGUACAGGAUUUUUAUGAUCCAUCAUUUGGUGAACAAUUCAUCACGAUUUUUCUCCACUAUCUGCCAUAUUUUACCAGUUUUGCGUCACCGUUUUUGGCAUUGAUUAAUCUACCGGAAAUCCGUGAGGAAUUUAAGAAAGUAAUGAGACAACUCAUGACUACAUUACAUAUACUGAAUUCAACUCAAGUAUGA